UAUACCAUCAUUGGGUGAAUGCUGCAUUGAACAAACAUAAGUGUUUUGGUCAAGGUUGGCCGUGUGUUAUCUUUGAAAUUCAGUUGCAUAUUAGACAUGAGCAUCUUUGUAUAGCCGCUAUAUUGGAUGGUCAGCUUUUAUGCCUGGUGUUUUCUCAUUUUUUGUAUGUUUGGAACAGGUGUAAAAUGAAGGGUUACAUUUUGAUUUUCUCGUAUUCUCUCUUUUCCAGCUGCAUCAUGUCUCCCAAUGCCUCUUUGCCUCUCCACGACCUCAAAUCUUCCAAGAAUGAACAGGCGACAACGGUGGACAUCGACGCCAUCAUGGACAACGUCAGCAUCGUCCUCUACACGCUGACUGUUGUGCUUGGCAUCACGGGGAACUCCAUGGUGAUCUGGGUGGCUGGAUUCAAACUCAAGCCAAAGGUUACCAACGUGUGGCUGGUGAAUCUGGCAAUCGCAGACCUGAUCUUCUGCUUCACACGGGCCUUCUCACUCAUUAAGAAGCUCUUCUUUGACUACUGGCCCUUUGGCAUCUUCCUCUGCAAGUUCAAUGGCUUUUUCAAAUAUGCCAACAUGUUCUGCUCCGUGUUCCUGUUAGCUGUGAUCAGCCUGGACCGAGCACUGUGCGUCUGGCUACCAGUCUUCGCCAAGCGCCGGCGCACCCUAUGGGCUGCAAGGGUGGUGGCUGUCUGCGUCUGGACUGUUGCGACUGCCUUCAGCACUCCGUAUUUCGUCUACCGCCAUGUCUACCUAGGGAAGAACAACUUAAGUAAGUGCUCUGUGGAUUCAAAGGAUGCGACGGUGGGGGAUAACAGUGCCAAAGUGGCUCUCUACUUCAUCCGCUUCCUGUGUGGCUUUAUGUUGCCCUUCAUGGUCAUCCUCAUCUGUUACAUUCUGGCCGGACUUGGCAUCCGACGCACCCGCCUUUCAGGCAAGUCCCGCCCCCUACGCAUAUUAGCAUCACUGGUCAUCGCUUUCUUCCUGUGCUGGGCGCCAUAUCACUGCCUCCUGCUGGUGAAGAUGGUGGACAGUAAGAACAAGGUGGUGAAGAUCUGGCACCCUCUGGCAAAGGGCAUGGCCUAUUUCAACAGCUGUGUUAACCCACUGCUGUACUUCUGCAUGGGGCUGGACGUGAGGGGGAGGUUCAGGCAGAGUCUGGCGGGGGUGUACAAGAGAGCUCUAGCGGACGAUGUGGAGGGACAGACGACUCAGUCCAACGAACGCUCUUUGGAUGACAGUAGUGGGUCGAAACACAGUACUGUUGUGGUGUCAGGAAGGAUUCAGCCUCCAGAGGGUGUAGCUAAAUUUUAAGUCUUUCCCAAUGAUUCAUGAGCCUUAAAGGACCAUGCAGGUGUUUUUUUGUGUCAACUCAUUGAAGGAUAAGGCCGCCAAUUUUCUAUUUUUUUAUCUUAUUGUCAAUAAACUUCUUCUGCAAAGCCAAACCAACAAUUAAUUGAUUUACUUACAGGUAUUGUAUCUGUGUAUCUUAUUCCUCUAUGUUGUAGACCUCUGUUUUUGUUCAAAAAAUAUUAAAAACACUUCAAUGAGCGACACCAACGCACCAGAUGACAUGUUCCUUCGCCACAAUGAGUUUGGUCGUGUUAGUUUGUUUAGAAACAGCUCAAAAGACUAAUAACAGUGAUCACCUAUUCAGUCUCCGCAGAUAUGCUGGAAUGUGGUUCUGAUUACAGUGCUUCGCUAGCUGCUUGUGCUACAUAUCACAACCUCUUGACUUUGUAGUACAUUGUCAAUUUGUCAAGAACUUCAGAACUUCCGCUUCUAGUUGGAGCCAUUUCUAAACAAACUAUCGUCAUCGUAAUCUUCAUAAUGAAGGAACAGA